AUGGAAACGAGUGGUGUGCAGCGUGUGCCGGUCGUGUUGUUGCUGCGGGAGGAGUUGAGACUUAUGGAUGAAGUCAUCAGCGGCGGUGGGCGUCGCCGCGUGUACCGGCACCACUUGUUUUUCCGCGCCCUCCUCGCACUGCGCAUGGCGCUUGAAAAAAUGCUGCCGCACUUCGCCCAACGCAGUGCCACACCACCACAAUGGGCGAUCACAAGACUUCUUGCGCUUGCGGUUCGAUGCGGGGAGGCGGCGGCAGUGGAGUUGAGUGUGUCUCGCAUUGACACCCUUUCCCUUGCGGCGCUGUCACUGGCGAUAUCGUCACGGAUUGGAUGUCUUCUCGGGGCUCUCUCUUUGCGUGAGCAGGACGUGUUCUCGGGCUUGGCUCUUGCCGAAGAAGGCGGCAGCAGCAGCAACAACAAAAACAAAAAGAAGAAAGAUAAGAAGAGGGAAGGCGUGAAUUUUCUUGUCACAAGAACACGAGGCCGGCAGAAGCGCUCACGAUCGCCGGAGGGCGUCAUGUCGCUGCAACGGCCAACAAUUGGGUGCGUCAUCGAGGCGGUUAUUCAUUGA